UCUGGAAGCAAGGAUUCAUCAUCGCUGUUCACGUCCCCGGCGUUAUACAUACGGCUUCCAAUAAGCUUAGGUAAUCCUCCCUUUCGUAAGCCUGAUAUAUUUAUUAGGUUAGGUAGCUACAUAUAUCGAUCUCUUGAGGAGGCCUAGAACACGGAAGACCUUCUUCGUAUUUGUAUUGUCCAUACAGGCUGACCUCCGCCGAGUGAGGCCGAUAGGUCGGUACACACAAGCUUCAACUUUCAUGUAAUACCGCGCUUUCAACAGCAUGACUUGAGUAGAAGAACUGCAGCAAAAGCGACAUUCUUUCAACAGUCCAUAAAGGCGUAUUACAUGCUUGCUGCCGCUGCAUGUAAUUAAUACUCGGGCUUUGCAAUGGAGCUGAGAGAACAUAUCGGAAGUAGAUCGCGCGGAGACCUUUGAUAUCUGUCAUAUUUGACAUGUAAGGACUGGCGUGUGAUGAUAUAGUAGGCUAUAGGCAAUAUGAAAUUCUUGCUAUGCUUACCAUACCGACACGCAAGUUACUUCCUUGACGCUGGCCAGGACUCCUCGCCGUAUGCGAUGGCCCCGAAGAGAGAGCAUCGUGAUGAAAACCCCUAUCCUCACUUAUUAUAUAAAGAGCAUCCUUUCCGUCCCCCUCUACAUAUAAUUUUUAGUCUUUAAACCAGGCAACCACGCCCUCUUCAGUCUCUACCAGUACGGACUGUGCUCAUUUAUCAAUCUUCCCGGAAUCAUACACUCGAAGAUGCUCAUAGCUAUAUUACCCUAUCUCAGCCUAGCAACGCUGAUAGCCCAGGCGUCCAGCUCAGGUAUUCAUAACGAGCAAUAUCGACUCUCCGCCGAUAAUACCCAUAAAAAAUGCUCAGAAGACGCCACCCCAGUCGAGCCCCUCGCUACGACAACGCAAAAACCAACAACGAGGGAGAUGUGGUUCCUUUCCCAGGCCAACGGCGUACGCCUAGACCAGACGGGAGCAUUUGCGUAUGACGAAAGUGCCGGAGCCGGAUCCCUAGUGUACGUAGUCGACACCGGAGCAGAUCUAUCUCACCCGGAGUUUGAUAAUGUGCGCGGCCUAGCGGAAUGGUUGUAUCCCGGAAACGUCCAUGAGCCGGGCGACUCAACGGGCCACGGCACCAAAAUGCUAUCCAAAAUAACCGGGAAACUCUUUGGCGCUUCGAAGAGGGUUCGCCCGGUCAUCGUUCGAGUGCCUACUGGUGUUGAAUAUGAGGAGUGGGUUACAGCUGUGAGAGCGGUGCGCGACGAUUAUCGGACGAAAAUUGCGAACGGCUGGGACCGCCGAAAACCCGCAAUUGUAAGUAUGAGUUUUGCCAUUUCACCGGCUAAUUUAAGUCAACGACGUAUAAAUGAAUUCGAGACUUAUCUUAACGAGAUGGUCAACGACGGCCUUUUCCCCAUUACGGGUUCGGGCAACUUUGGAGGACGGGAUCCGGGAAGGUAUGUUAGCGAAUACCCAGCACUAUUUGGAGAUCCGCUCAGCACUCGAUUCGUAAAUGGCCUUCUUGUUGUGGGUGGUGUCAAGACUGAUGGCACCCAAUCCGACUCUGGCAAGAUUGCUCCCUUCGUCGUAGUCAACGCACCAUCAGAAAGAAUAUGUGUUCCCAACCAUAGGUGGACACAACCCAACGCAGUUCGAUAUACGUUUGGCACGGGAACAUCUGAAGCUGCCGCCACGACCGCUGGAUUAGCUGCAUAUUUAAUUCAAGUUCCCGCCCUCCAAGAUGCGUUACAACUUAAUAAUAGAACAGCGACGGCUAGAGAUAAAGUCAUCGCAUUGAAGCACUAUAUCGAAGAUACUUCGUUUCCACGGGGGGCUUUAACCCCCCGGGCAAUCUGGAAUUCGCAAAAAUUUAAACCCUUUAUGCCGGACUUGAAGGAAUUCGAUUGCGAAAUGGACGGAUGAGUGAGUCUUGGGGCAUAUCAUCAAGUGCCAAAGAUCCAUGUCGUUGCAUUCUUCGCAUAAGUUUUUUAAUUUAUGCCAAUUAUGCAUAACUCAUCCGAACCCUCUGUUAUGUGUAUGUAUUACACCCCCCUGGAAUGCGUCCCAUUAUGCAAAUCCAACUUCCUAGGAAGUUGAAUAGCAAACUGGUAGCACCAGGUAACUACCUACCUUCCGCUUCAUUUCAUUCCAUUCCGAUCAAUCGCUUUUAUUUGGAUCAAUCGCUUUUAUUUGUUUCCAAGACAAGUCUUUCGUUAUCAACAACAACAACAACAACAUACAUAGC